CAUAUUUUGUGUGGUCACCAUCUUGUGGUAGGUCAGAUCUUGGAGUGAGCUACCCCUCUAUUGGUUUGAUUUAUAUGGGCGUUUUCUGCCGAGUUCAAUGCUGGUAGUGUCAUAGCCCAUGAGUUAAGUCGGAGGUGUGAUUAUUGCUGUGUGUAGCUGCAGCUUAAUAACGCAUAUGAACUAUUUUUGUUCUAAGAGUUCAUUUGCUAUACUUUAGCAAUUGUUUGUUUUUACGCUCAUUUAGUCUUUAUGUAUGGUUUUUAAUUUCUCAAGAUUACGCUAAUGUAUAUGAAAACAAGAAGUAUUGUGAUACCCUUUUAUACGGAAUAUUACUGGCAACCCAGGUGUAUGUAGGCUUCAUGGUCUUUAUCGUGAUGGGAGUCUGACUGCAUUUAGUGUAAAUUGUCAUGCUGUAUGUCUGGCCACACGCCCUGUAUUCUUAAACACGUUAUUCUACUGGAUUGUGGUUUUGUUGUACAGAAAAUAUCCCACUCCCUGGAAUAAAUACAAAAGUAGAUGCACGCAGUGUCCUCUGCAUUGUGAACUUCAUGUUGAGGGUGGCGCCGUGUGCAAGUCAUUGGGACUUGUUGCAAUUGUGUGACUGUGGUUUAAGAAAUCUUCUGUUCAUGCCGUGUUACUGUAAAAUAUCAGUGAAACCGGCUACAUAUUGCUUUUCUUUUUAUUUUAGUAGCAGAAAGUUAUAUAAGGGUUCACAUUGCCAAAGCAAUGUCAACUAAAUCCAACUAUCAUUAUGCAUUGUUGAGAAUGAUGCGCCAGGUUGCCAGCAACGCCAGUGAUUAUUGCAUGAACAGCAGAGCAUCCUGCCUGGCGGAGGAGGGCCGACACCCGGGCAGUCAGUUCGAUCUCUGCACCUCGCAGUCCAGCAAGUUCUACCCCCCUCCACCCCCUCCUCUGCCCCUGCCCCUGGCCCUGACAUCCCCGCCGCACAGCACCCACAAAGCCAUGCCCUGUCCGCGGCAGGAAACAAACUCCCAGACAGGAGGGGGUAAAAACACGGAGAAGCCUGAGGACUCGAAGAAGAAGAAAAGCCUUGGAAGAUCGGGCAGGAGAGGCAGACCUUCUGGGACCACCAAACUGGCUGGCUACAGAACCAGCACCGGCCGGCCCCUGGGCACCACAAAGGCAGCCGGGUUCAAGACCAGUCCUGGGAGGCCCCUGGGCACCACUAAGGCAGCCGGGUACAAGGUUAGCCCGGGCAGACCGCCAGGCAGCAUCAAGACUCUGUCGCGUCUCUCCAAACUGGGGUACGCAUCCUGCAGCUCUGCAGCCUUCCCCUAUUCAAUGAUGCACAAGAGAGCUUUAUGUGAACCCGCUGGCAAAGAGAAACAGCCCAACGAGUGUCAACAUGCAGCCCCACAGUUCAGUAGCGGAUCAUAGCGGAACUUCACCUUAGCUUCUGUGUCAACAAAAGCCUUUAACUAAAAUGAAAUGCUGAGACUACACCUAACCACGUCCAGUAUCCAUGCUGGUCAUCCUAGACACCACAUGGUCCACGGUUGCUUGUUUCAUUGUUCUCAUCAGAAUUCUCUGUAAGAGUGGGGAGGAAAGCAUAUUAGUAUUUCAUUUAUUUGUUUUAUCCUGUGGCAUAGAAGUAUUGUGAAGAACAUGGUGUCCUUCCCACCAUUGCAUUGUGACACUGUGUCCAGCACCUGGGACAUGUACAUCGUGGUCUCAUCACAUUUACUUUGUCUUUUAAACUCUUUUAAACUCUUUUCAGUCUUGUGUCAGUGUUGGCUUCUCAAUUCCUAACGCUGGAUACAAACAGGAAGACUGACUACUGUGUAGAAAGAAACAGAUCCACAAAGAAACCCUCUGUGAUCAUCCUCGUGUUUCAAGGAGAAGCACAUUCUAAACAAAAAUGCAUAAAGAAACCCUCUGUGAUCAUCCACGUGUUUCAAGGAGAAGCACAUUCUAAACAAAUCCACAAAGAAACCCUCUGUGAUCAUCCACAUGUUUAAAGGAGAAGCACAUUCUAAACAAAUCCACAAAGAAACCCUCUGUGAUCAUCCAUGUGUUUCAAGGAGAAGCACCUUUUAAACAAAUCCACAAAGAAACCCUCUGUGAUCACCCAUGUCUUUCAAGGAGAAGCCCGUUUCUGCAGUUUAGUUUGGCCCAGAACCAAAGAAUCUGCUUGAACUGAUCGGCCCUCACCCUGUAAUAUCAGGCCAUUAGUGAUGCAAGUAAACUGUACAGAGAUGAAGCGUGAGGGCUCCUCAGUGCACUUCAAUGACAGCUCCAGGAAGCAGCAUCUAUGUAACCCUGUGACAGAGCACUUACACCAAUGCACCUGGACUGUCCUUUUGUACACUCAAACGACGGGGGCGCAGCGCCAGCAAUGCUCCACUGUUGGUUUGGUUUUUGACAUGUCACUUUUUUAAUGGAAAAACAGAUUUUACCAAAUCAGAACUAAUAAAUAUUAGGCUUAAAAAAGGAGAAAAGAAUUUGCUGCAGCUGUUAAUGAGUGAACACCACAUAACCACAGCUGUCUCUUACAUUGUAUGUUGCACAUCUGUAUUCUGCAUCUUUGUAGUGCUUACAGUAUAUGUAGCAAUUGAUCAUAUUUGAUACAGUGUGUAUAUAACUUUGGUAUAUAUAUGUAUAUAUAUAUAUAUAUAUAUAUAUAUAUAUAUAUAUAUAUAUAUAUAUAUAUAUAUAUAUAUAUAUAUAUAAUUUUGUAAACUUUAUAUCAGCACCUGACUUUACAGAUGUAAACCAUAAAGAAAGGUUCUAUUGAUGAGCUACACAUUGCAUAGAGAACACCUUGUGCAGUAUUCAUUUCAUCUGUCAAGUUCACAUUUUUGCAUAGUUUUCCUGCAGCCUUGAAAAGGGCCCUUUUCUUUUAGAGUUUUUGGUUUUUAUUAAUUUUUUAUAUUGAGUGUAAGGCCCCUUACAUAUGUUAUGUAAAAGCAUAUUUGUUAAGUCUAUAUCUUUGAAAAUAUGUGUAAUGAUGUAUGCUUAUUAGAGCAAUGUAUGUUAGAAAUAUAAAGUGUGUUUGUGAAUUAAACAUUGGAUUUUGGUUCAAGUAAA